AUGAUAACAAUUCUCCAAGCAUGCAAAACCUGUGGACCUCUACAGAAGUGCAUUUGGCGCAGUCACCCACUAGUCCUUGGGAAGUAUCCUGCAGGAGAUAUUAUGACAAGUUUUGGUGUGCUGAUGUCAGGAGUCGAAAUCAACCAAACCUUGAUUACCUUCUAUUUCAAGGAGAAUGUUUUGUUACUACCAAAGAAAGUUCCACUUCCCAACGAUACAGAAGGCCAAAUUACAAGCUUAUCAUUAAAAAUUACUACUACUUUGCUUGCCUACCACUUUUAUGUUUCUGCUUUUAGUCCUAACAGUAACAAAGAAGAUGAGGAAGCAGAUUUUGAAAGUGGGAAUGAGAGUAAUGCUGAUGGGCCACCAUUAAAAAAAAGAAAGAAAGAAAAGAAAUCUGGCAGAAAGACAAGUUGGCCUGACUUUAUUGAUAUCAUUGUAUCCAAUGAAUAUUUCAAGAAAAAACUAAUUUUCCAGAAUGGCAAAAAUCAAAAAAAUGGUGAAAUAUAUGGGAACAUUUUAAAAGAACUUAAAAAGCGUGUUCAUGCUAGAAAUGAGAAUUGCAACUACACUGUAAUCCAGCUCCGUAAUAAAUUUAAGAAGGUAGUUGGGGAGUGCAAGAAAGCAGCACUUGUAAUGAAAACUGCAAGUGGAAUAAAGAGAUUCCAAGAAGAAAAGAAUUACGGAGUUUGGUUCAAUCAGCUGCUAGAGCUGGUGAAAACAAGAGAAAGCUGCCAGCCGGAACAAGCCAUUGAACCAAGUGAGCGAUCUUUUGAUUCCACAAGUGAGUGUGUUGCUCCAGCUGAAUCAACACCAGAAUUUUUCAUCCCAGUCAUGAAGGGCACCAAAAAGGGUCCCCCCAAAGGAACAGCAAUUCAAGGAGAUGCUGGGCCUUAUGAAAAACAUUACAUUGCCCUCAGACUUUCGCAACAAGAACCGCCAUCUUCCUUUAAGCUGGCCAAAUGCUCCCUCAAUGACCAUACGGGCACGACUCAGUCUGUAGUUGAAAUAGCGUUGUUCUUUUGUCAAAACAGCAUUGGUGUAAGGAAAAUGGCAGAAACAGACGUGUAUGUAAGCAAUAGCGUGGAUUGCGGCAGCGAAAGUGAGGAAGCUGGCGUGGAAUCCGAAAUUUUUAAUGAGGACGAAAGAGGGAGUUUUGGGUCAGAAAGUGAAGCGGAAGAGGCAUGUAAUGUGUUGUUUGAAAAGCGAAAGAAAAAGGCCGUGAAGAAGUCAUCGUGGCCAAUGGACAUAACAAACAACCUAGUGGACGUUAUCUGCGAUAAUGAGUAUUUUCGCAAAAAACUGAUUUUUACAAACACAAAGACUAGCAAGAACGGAGAAAUUUAUUUGAAGGUGAUCAAAGAGGUGGAGAAACGUUGCCAGGCUAGGAGAGAAGAAUACAAGUUCAGCCUUGUCCAAACUAGAAAUAAGUUCAAGAAGUGCAUGAGUGAGUGCAAGAAGGCUGCCUUAACCUGCAAAUCUGCAUCUGGCAUAAAGCGAUUUCAGGAGGACAGGGACUAUGGAAAAUGGUUUAAUCAACUGCUGCCUCUUGUCAAAGGGGGCUACAACAACAAUGAGUUUGGCCAAGGUCCUUCACCAGAGACCUCCUCAGGAACUUCAACUCCCACAAGAGCAAAUCUUCCUUCAAAGAAGAGGCCAUUUGUUCCCAUCAAAAAGGCAGCUGGAAAAAAGGAAAAGCUUGAUAAUCUGGUAAAAAUAACAUCAAAAGCAAUCCUUGAGGUCACUGAGCAGCUAAAAAAGGACCCAAUGGCUGACAUGCUAGCAUUUCUUGAGAGAGAGAAUCAAAGAUCAAGAGAACAUGAAAUGAGAUUACUCACAAUGAUGUUCAAUGGAAAUCAAGCACAGCAGCAAUUCCAACCACCAGUUCCACAGCCUCCUUCUUAUCAACAUUUCCCCCAAAACAUGCAGCAGUCAUACAAUAUGGAUCCAAGACAACAAUUUCGACAAGCAUUUACUCCACAAGAUAAUUAUCCUCCAAGGAAUCAAAACUUUGAACAUCAAUCCCAGUCAGAUGAUUUAUUUCAGCUAUAA